AAAAGUUUUAGCCACAACCCGCAAACAAAUAAAGGAUGAUGAUGAUGAUGAGCAUGAGCUCCUCCUCCUCCUCCGUUCAAGUUCAAAUGCAUGUAGAACCCUUUCAUUUUGAAAAAUGCCAAUCCAUGUCUCAGCUGAGGCAAUAUCAUUCACAGAUCAUCCGGCUCGGCCUCUCCUCUCAUAACCAUCUCAUUCCCCCACUCAUAAACUUCUGUGCCCGCGCCAGCACCUCCGAUGCUUUAACCUACGCUCUCAAACUGUUCGACUCAAUUCCCCAACCAGAUGCUUUUCUUUACAACACCAUCAUUAAAGGAUUCCUUCAUUCCCAACUACUACCUACUAACUCCAUCCUUCUUCUCUACUCUCACAUGUUGCAAAACUCCGUUUUACCCAACAACUUCACUUUCCCCUCUCUUCUCAGAGCCUGCAGAAAGAUCCAACACGGGAUGCAAAUCCAUGCCCAUCUUUUCAAGUUCGGGUUUGGAGCUCAUAGUGUCUGUCUCAACAGUCUGAUUCAUAUGUAUGUCACCUUUCAAGCAUUGGAGGAAGCCAGGAGGGUUUUCCAUACCAUCCCACACCCUGAUUCUGUCUCCUGGACUAGUUUGAUUUCCGGGUAUUCAAAGUGGGGAUUAAUUGAUGAGGCUUUUACCAUCUUCCAACUCAUGCCUCAGAAAAAUUCUGCUUCUUGGAAUGCCAUGAUGGCUGCUUAUGUUCAGACCAACCGCUUUCAUGAAGCGUUUGCUUUGUUUGAUAGGAUGAAAGCAGAGAAUAAUAAUGUGUUGGAUAAGUUUGUGGCAACCACUAUGUUGUCUGCUUGUACCGGAUUAGGUGCUUUAGAUCAAGGGAAGUGGAUACACGAGUACAUUAAGAGGAAUGGGAUUGAAUUGGAUUCCAAACUCACUACUGCAAUUGUUGACAUGUAUUGCAAAUGUGGUUGCUUGGAGAAAGCUUUGCAAGUUUUUCACAGCUUGCCUUUGCCUUGUAGAUGGAUUUCUUCCUGGAACUGCAUGAUUGGGGGGUUAGCAAUGCAUGGUAAUGGAGAGGCUGCAAUUCAACUUUUCAAAGAGAUGGAGAGACAGAGGGUAGCUCCUGAUGACAUCACUUUUCUGAAUCUCCUCACUGCCUGUGCGCAUUCAGGGUUAGUUGAGGAGGGGCGUAACUACUUCAGUUACAUGAUCCGAGUUUAUGGAAUUGAGCCCAGAAUGGAGCACUUUGGAUGCAUGGUUGAUUUACUUGGAAGAGCUGGAAUGGUGCCGGAGGCUAGAAAGCUUAUCGAUGAGAUGCCUGUGAGUCCUGAUGUCACUGUUCUAGGCACUCUUCUAGGAGCCUGUAAGAAGCACAGAAACAUUGAGUUGGGAGAGGAAAUAGGGAGAAGAGUUAUCGAACUAGAACCUAACAAUAGUGGACGCUAUGUAUUGUUAGCCAACUUAUAUGCCAGCGCUGGUAAAUGGGAAGAUGUUGCUAAAGUGAGGAAACUGAUGGAUGAUAGGGGAGUAAAGAAGGCUCCGGGCUUUUCCAUGAUUGAGCUACAAGGUACUGUUCAUGAAUUUAUCGCUGGUGAAAGAAAUCAUCCUCAAGCUAAAGAAUUGCAUGCCAAAGUUUUUGAGAUGCUGGAACAUCUAAAAUCUGUUGGCUAUGUGGUUGAUACCAAUGGAGUACUGCAUGGCCAUGAGUUUGAUGAGGAGGAAGAUGGAGAGAACCCAUUAUACUAUCACAGCGAGAAACUUGCCAUUGCCUUUGGGCUAUCAAGGACUAAACCUGGGGAAACUCUUCGUAUAUUAAAAAAUCUGCGGAUCUGUGAAGAUUGUCACCAUGCAUGCAAACUUAUUUCAACGGUUUUUGAUCGAGAAAUAAUUGUAAGAGAUAGAACUCGGUUUCACCGUUUUAAAAUGGGCCAGUGCUCCUGCCAGGAUUACUGGUAAGUGGGUGGUCAUGGUGAUUUAUGGACCUUGUAUCAAAAUAUCGCAGUAGAUAUAUAAGAUGAAAGUGCAAAAUGAUAAAAUGAUAAAAUCAUAGAAACUGAGUUUCUCUUUUC